AGAAAAUACCAUCCAAAAGUCAUUGAUCAUUAUCAAAAUCCACGUAAUGUUGGUUCAUUAGAUAAAACUUUAACAACUGUUGGUACAGGAUUAGUUGGUGCCCCAGCUUGUGGUGAUAUUAUGAGAUUACAAAUCGAAGUUGAUGAUAAAAGUGGAAUCAUAAAGGAUGUUAAAUUCAAGACUUUUGGUUGUGGUUCAGCCAUUGCAAGUUCUUCAUAUGUUACAGAAUUAUUACGUGGUAAAACUUUAGAAGAAGCUGCUAAAAUCAGAAAUAACGAAAUUGCCAAAGAAUUAAGUUUACCUCCAGUUAAAUUACAUUGUUCUAUGUUGGCUGAAGAUGCUGUUAAAGCUGCUAUUAAGGAUUAUAAAACUAAACAA